GCAGCACAAAUUGCCCACCUGGGACCAAUAAUAAGCUGACUUGACCUUCUAAAUAUUUUAUUUUUCCCUAGGAGUAUUAUUAAGGCCAAACAAUAUGAUGAACUCGGCUAGUUAAAGGGUCCCGCCUUCACUGACCAUACCUUUCAACAUUAUUCAGAAAUGAAUCAGGACAGGAUCUACAUGGACUACAAUGCAACAACACCACUGGAACCAGAAGUGAUCCAGGCCAUUUCUGAAGCCCUGCAGGACGCCUGGGGAAACCCAAGCAGCAGUUAUAUAGCAGGUGCUAAAGCCAAAGCGAUAAUUAAUCAGUCCAGAGAGAAUGUGGCGAGAAUGGUUGGAGGGAAAGCUGAAGACAUCAUUUUCACAUCAGGUGGAACAGAGGCCAAUAACCUGGUGCUCCACACUGCUGUGGAGCACUUCAGGAGGAGCUGCAGGGCUGCAGAGGAAGGGGGGGGGCAUCAGAAUGGAAGCAGCGGCCUCCCUCACAUCAUCACCUCUAAUGUGGAACACGACUCGGUCAAACUAGUCGCUGAGCAACUACAGAAAGAGGGCAAGGCGGAUGUGACAUAUGUGCCUGUGUCCAAGGUGACAGCCCGUGUGGAGGUGGAGGACAUUAUGGCUGCGGUGCGCUCCAACACUUGUCUCGUCUCUAUCAUGCUGGCCAACAAUGAGACCGGGGUCGUCAUGCCACUCCCAGAGAUCUGCCAGAGGAUAAAGCGUCUGAACAGGCAGCGUGAGCGGCUGCAGAUCCUGCUGCACACCGACGCUGCUCAGGCUGUGGGCAAAAUCCCAGUCCAUGCCUGUGAACUGGGAGUGGAUUACCUCACCAUAGUAGGACACAAGUUCUAUGCCCCUCGGAUCGGUGCUCUGUAUGUGAAUGGCCCUGGGACGAGAACCCCUGUGUAUCCCAUGCUGUUUGGAGGAGGACAGGAGAGGAACUUCAGACCGGGCACAGAAAAUACACCAAUGAUUGCUGGUCUGGGAAAGGUAAGUUCUCCUGGAAUAUUUACUUAUAUCACUUUUUAA